CUCUCUCUCCACCUCCUUCCCAGCCAUGUGACUGAGCACUCCCUGCAGCCAGUGAAACUUUUCAGACUGCAGCAGAGCUGGGUUUGCUCUGCACCGGCUCCCAGGAGAAGCAGUGCCUCUCACAGCCGUGCUGGCCAUGGGGAGGAGUGCACAGCAGCUCAUGUCGCUGACCCUCGCCUGGGCAUUUUCCUCCUGCUUUGCUGAAGUGGCCCUGGGGGUUGAAUUGUCUCCAGAAACCACAUCCUUCCACCAAAUGGCUACUUCUGCUCAGCCACUUUCCCUUUAUCAUUCCUCACCCCAUCAAAGCACCAGCACAGACCCUCUUCAAACAACACCCACAAGCCACAGAACGGCGGAGCAGACAAGGGAGCAGCUGCAGGCAGCACCAGCUGCAGGCCAGCCCACGGCAGGAGCAGCACCACCGUCCCCAGCCCCUGCAGACAGCCCCAGCACGGCCGGCCAGGCUGCGACCACGGCAGUGCCCUCGCUUACAGCUGCAGCCAAGAACGCAACCUCUGCCCCUGUGUCCUCCACCAGGCACGGCACGGGACCACGUGUGACCACAGCAACUGCAGCAGUGGCCACCAACACCUCCCUGAAGCACGAGACAGCGAGUAGCCAGGGGACAGCUGCCACCAGCACGCCGAGGGCCGGGCCCAGCACGCGGUCACGGAGACAAACAACAGCCACGGGUGAUCCAACAGCCACGGCUGGGACCAACACAACAGGCACCCCUGCAGGAACACAGACAGCUCCCACGUCCCCUGGCAGCACUGUGAGACCCCCUCCCACCCCACAGCCCUCUGCCAUCCCCACAGGCACCUACACUGUUUCUGAGGGGAACAGGACCUGUGUCAAAGCCGUCAUGGGCUUGCAGCUGAUGGCCCGAAAUACACAACAGGAGCAGAUGGAAUACGUGACUGUCAACCCCAAUAUGACAAAGAUAUCUGGAAGCUGUGGGAUGGUGCAGUCUGAGCUGAACUUAACUUUUAGUGGAGGAUUUGUAAACAUCAUCUUUGUAAAGCAAGCUCCAAGUUACUCUGUCACUAAAAUUGAGAGCAGAAUACAGUUAUCUUCUGAAGGUAUGCUUUACUAUGCAGCCCUAAAUGAGAAGCUGUUCACAACAAAGCUGGGGAAUUCCUUUAAGUGUGCCAGCAGGCAAACCUUCCCCUUGGAGAACAACUUCCAGAUCCUCUUUGUUCAUAUGCAGCUGCAGGCCUUUGACAUUGUGGGUGACCAGUUUGGAAAAGAAGAAGAAUGUUUUCUUGAUAGAAACGCCAAAGUAGCUCCCAUUGCAGUGUGCCUGAGCAUCCUGGGAUUGUUUGUCAUUGUGUUUGCCACCUUCCUGAUCUCCAGGAGGAAGCCACAGAGAGGAUAUGAACGCAUCUGAGGUUCAUCUGCCUCUUUCCUUCCAAGUGUGUGCAGCAAGCAGAGAAGUCACGGGAGCUUUUGCUUCUGCCUGGAAUCUCCCUGCCCUAAAGCCACAUUUUUAAGUGAGAUGACACUGUGUGUUUACAGCUAAUGAAUGUUUCUGGAAGGUGUUCUUUUAAGGUGGAAAGGAGAGAACUCACACCUUCUGCUUUAGGCUAUUCCUAGCAUCUAAUUUAGAUGUAGUCCAAAAUGAGGUGCCUAAAUUCUCUCUGUUGUUAACAAAGGAGGUCAUUCAGAUCACCUAAGCCAGAUUCCUAAAAAUAGCUUAAAGCAAGCAGUAUCACUAUCCCCCAGAAAAUCCAUCAGGUUUGUUAAUGAUGGUUAGAUUUAUCAAAAGAUGUAAGUCUGACCUUCAGGUGAAUAAACCAGAGGCCCACAGCUACAGACAACCCUGCUAGGUGAGAGCUCACUGAAAGCUUUUUUCAGAACACAGUGAGUGCCAAAAUCUCAGGGGAAUUGUCAGUGUGACUCCACUCUCAAGCAAGUUCUCAC